AACGAUGGUAACUAUGGCAAGGUGCAGCUUAUAUCUAUGCCGCGUACCUCAGUUUUGUGUUAUGCAGAACUAGAUGUUCCGAGUCAAGUAUUGAUCCCGUGUUGCAAAAAGGCGUCGAGGCAAAUAGUCCCCACUCAGCUGCGGGAGUUACUCAAGAAAUGCUGACGUCGUUGUCCACGAGGUGGCUUGCAAAACGUUGCAGGGCUGGCACAAGCGUUAAAAGGACCGGUACUCCGUAUGAGAGGACAACGCAUUCUUCGUUUUCUCUAUUCCAUGCUCACUUUCUCUCCUUGUGUAUAUUGAAGCAGAAUCGAGAGCGAAAUUUUUUGCUUAAUUGUUGCAGCAGGAUUCUUCAGAUGAUGGCAUCCUCUGUAUUUUUCACAUCCCACUCUUACACCGCGUGCGCGACUUUGCUCGUCUACGACCUGCUCCUUCUGUUCCCCACUGAGAUUAAUUAUGUAUGGCUUCCUCGACCCACACAUCCUCAUCUGCUGCUGUUCGCAUUGAACCGCUACUCACCCUUGGUCGAUAUGGCGCUGACCAUCAAUUGGCUCUUGCAUAAGUCCACUCCCGCUGACUGUCACCGGUUUUACAUCAUUGUAAGCCCAUUCGCGCUUACUGGGAUUUUCAUAUCGCAGGUAAUCCUCAUGAUCCGCACGUAUGCGAUAUGGGAUAGGCGCAGGGCGAUAUUCUGGUGUUUUAUCGGGAUUGGGAUCUUCUGUUUCAUACCGACGGUCAUUUGCAUGGCCAUGGAACUCAAGACGGCUCAAUUCGUCGCUUUGCCCAACCACCCUGACUGCUUGAAUGUGUCUCCUCCAUACCUCCUGGCAGUGGCAUUUAUCUUUAUGCUCGUUAUAGAUACGAUCAUUGCUUUGCUCACGCUCUUCAAAGGCGUAGAGCACCUUCGGCGGUCAAACCACCCUUUCCUUACGGAAUUCUACGCCUCUGGGAUGCUCUUCUACAUAUGCAUCUUCAUCAUAUCCCUCGCCAAUAUCCUUGUCCCCAUGUGGGCCCCGGAUCUCAUAGGUUUCCUCAGUGGCUUCCAGCGCAUCUUCCAUUCAAUUCUGUGCAACCGUGUCAUGUUGCUCAUCCUCAAGCAGAGACAGCGCUCUCCUACAGAGGAUCCAUACACGGGCGACGUUGGACUGUCUGACACCGCGCAGUAGGUUAUACCCAAGCAUGUCUCUUUAUGGCAUUACUGUGCAUAAAAUAUCCACCAGCUCAGGUUGAACACAGUAAGAGACCCAUGCGUUUCUAAUACCAAAAACAAGCGUUUCGGUUUCAGGAUGAGUACUUCAUAGAAGAGGUAAUAUUAUUAAAUAGCACCUCUGAUAGGUCAUGCUCUCUCGAUGGCCUUCUAGGUUACUUUGCCUUGAGGUAAAGA